GACAUAGAUAAGUAUUGCACUAUGUGACAGUGUCUGUGUGUGCGGCACGGUUGACUAGACAUUGUGCUAUAGGCUUUAAUUAUGUCUCUAAACAUACUAAUAGUUCAAUAAGUCAGUAAGUCGGAACUACUAAAAUGAAUCUUCGAUUUUCUUUCUAUGUUUUGUGGAUGACUGUGAUAGUAUCAACUUUCCUGACUUCAGGCGCCUCUGAAAAUGAAAAAUCCAUUCUCGAGGAUACAAAAGCCUAUUUGAUAUGUACAGCUCAAGUAGCAGUUCAGUCCUUCACUUGGCAAGUUCAAGCCUCCGACAUCUACAUCAACGUAACCAAGUGUUAUACCAAUGGCAACUGUACUUCCAGUUUUCCCAACUACAGAUCCAUCUACAUAUCCAAUAUGACAGGAGGUGCAUGCACCCUUGAACUUCUCGUCUCGCGAAACAUGACCAUCUGGAGGUGCGUUGUAGAUGACCAGACCUUAGGCCCACCUUUUACCAUCAAGGCAUACGUGCUACCAGAAAACUUCAGAUGUAACACGCCUUUGUUUGCCCAAUCCAAUACCACGCUGUCCAUUACGUGCAAGACUGACCGAGUCUUUCCCGUGCCCACAUGUCGUCUGAUCCAAUUUCCAGAGACAGGAGCGUUGGGUAUAUCUCAAGUGACCUACAACAAUCCACCCUCGAAGAUCAGACCGUCUGACUACAGUACAGAGUGCACCUUUGAGAUAGACUUGCUGCCCUUAAACCACACGACCACGUUAAACUUGACUGUCACCAUGUUGGCAGUGAAGGAUGCCGAGGAAGUGUUCGAUGCUGUAGUGCUCCCGUUGACAUACCCAGAGGCGGUAAAGGGCAAUGAUUGCCCUGAUGACUACAUUAAGUCUGGAACAACGCCCACUUGUAGUUGUACAUUAUCUACAGUUGGCACGCCACCAGGGAGCGUUUACUGGUCUUCGAUAAAUGCUGCAAAAGUUGAAACCACAUUUGAAAGUAGCGCGCUGAGCCAGUUGGUCAUCAAAUUCAACUCUUCCGAAUUACAUCCGAGAUAUUACUGUAGCUCGAAGUCGGCAGUGCUGCAACAAAAGAUUCCAAUAGUUUAUGAACCAAAGUUUGCUUUUGGCCCAAGUCGAGUCAACCUGACUCCUCUGACCAGCCUGGAUGUCCAGUUUUCGAACACCACAUCCGUACAGUUUGUCUGCAACGUUUCCGUGGGUCAAGUAGUACCAGGGGUCAUCUUUCAUUUUAUGGUCACUCCAGGAGGAGACUCUCUCAACUGGAACUUCCAGGAGAUCGACUCGUUCUACGUGUCUUCUACUUUCACUUUCAGGCCAUCGUCCCCUGGAGCCUUUGAUAUCACUUGCAAUGUUCAAAAUGUCAAGUUUCCUACAAUCUCAGCCCAAAGCACACUCACGGUCAGGGCUUACGGUGGUACAGCUCGCGCUCAGUUCGACUCCCCUUCCACGACUACUGUGAACCAAUGCUCACCCACUCAAAUACUCUGCGUCGUGGACGUGAACCAAGUCUUUCCAGGCACCACCGCCCACAUCUACAUCAACGACGAACUUAAGAAAACUGUCGCAUCCAGCGAGAGAGAUUCACGAUAUCUAGUAACUCACCAGUUUGUCCCGCCGUCUGUUGGAACCUUCACCUUGUACUGUGUCGUCAUCAACACGCAGACAGGGAUAGAACUUUCCAAAAAUACCACGACCUUAACAGUUUCAGAACAAACAUGUGAUGCGAGCAAUAGGAACAUUUUGACGUUGAGUCUUGGCAUAGGCCUCGGGGGCGCAGGGCUCAUCCUGGUCAUUGCCAUUCUGGUGUUUAUAAGAUGGAGGCGACGCAGAAUUGUGACAACGAGGCGGCCCGCUACACAGACGGUGUCUUUCACAUUGGGUGAUAAGGAAGUUAAGGUCAUAGUUCAUCCCAAAGGUGAAGUCGAAAGAGAUGUUCUGAGAUACGCGUCUUUCCCGGAACCUGUUCCUGAUUACGCACCUCUGUCUGAUUACAGCAGGGAUUCUUUUGGAGAAAGUAUAAGGACCAAUUCUACCGCGCUGGCUUCCAGUCACAAUUCUUACAGCUCUGCGAACGAGUCCAUUUACAGCACCAUUGAAGAUUACAUCAACCCAGUUGACCACAAGUGAUUGAAGCAGCAAUACUUCUGUAUUGAGAUCAACAUGUUUUCUAAUAAGUUACAACCCAAAUAACAAUUGACUAAUAAAUGACAAAGAACCAAUGACCAAAGGCUCUUUAAACUUUUGCAACAAGAAUACCCUCGAAUAUUAAAACGUAUCUAUACUGUACACAAACAGUGUUACGCUAUAUACAUAAUAUGAUUACAGUGCACGAAUUCUGAGAACUAUCAAUGUUACACAUUAUGAAAUAUUGACUAAGUAUCAAUGGCUUGGAGAGUUUCGUUACACUCACACAUGGUCUACAUGUAAUGUUGAAUACAUUACGAUUCGUCUGAAAGAUAAAAUUUAAAAGGGGGGUUGGAAUAGAAUUGAAAUUUAUACAUGGAUAUCUUGGUACCUAUUUCACCUAUUCCUUAGUCUGAUGAAUCGUUGGGGCACCACACAUGAUCUGUCGACCAUCUUUCUCUAUUGCAGCAUGUAUCAUUUGAAUAAUUGUUAGUUUUUUCUUCACCUACCCAGUGUGUGCUUGUUCACACGGGGUGGGAGAUGUGUGGCUGAGAGGUUUCAACCUGUUUUUGCCUUGGAUAGAAUCUUUUUCAAUGACAGACCCAUCCAUCUUUUAUGUUGUCUUCCCAUCGCUUUUUCCAACUUCUUCUUUUUCCUGGUACUGUUCCCUGAAAGAAGGUCUAUACGAGCCCUGACGACCUUGUGAUAUUGCUAUAAAGUUUUAGUUUGUGUUUGACACAGUGGCUAGCAGGUCAUCCUGGGUUCCGAUUGCCGUUGUGAUACUGUUUCUAAUCUCUUCGUUUGAGAUGUGUACGUAUAUGCUAAAGGCUUGGUAAUAUGUUAAACAUUUGCUUGGCACCGGUUUCUUGUUUAUUUAAUGGAUGUUUUAGAUAUCACCAAACAAUCUAAUGUAAAUGUCUCCUGAUUCUGUUGUGUACAAAAUUAAACUAUGUGAAUACACUCAUGAUUUAGGCCAGAUGUUUAAAAAUACAAUUGUGUACAUAUGUAGUAUUAUAGUAUUUAUUAAAAGCAUAUGCAAAGCUA